UAACCCCAACCAGGUCUGCAACUCCCCAACUGCUUCAUUGUAAUAAAAGGCUGCUUACUUCACCAUGAAGUCAAACACUCACUGACAGAACACCCUCACAUGAUUCAAGAAGCUCAGAAUCACAAAACCCAAAUCUCAAAGCUCCCAAAAGUCCCAUUUUGAGGUUGAAGAAAGCUCAGAAUGGGUUUCACAAUGGGUCUGAACCUGCUUCUCUUAAUGGCCAUGGUGGCCACCAACAUUCUCUCCCUCUACCACCUCUCCUCCACCAUCCAAUCCCCCAAACAAUCCCCCCCUCCCAAAAACCCAGUCCCUGAUCACCUCCUCCACCAGCUCCACACCAUACGCGCCACCAUCAACCACCUCACGCGCAGCCACCCGCCUCCACGCGCCGCUUCCUCCUCCACCUUCAAACCCUCCUCGGAUCUCCUCCUCUACUCCCGCCUCUCCCCAAUAGCCUCCUCCUGCCACAACCACCCUGACGUCCUCAACAAGUACAUGGACUACACACCCUUCUCGCUCUGCCCCGCCGACUCCGACAUUGCCGAGACUCUCAUCCUCCGCGGCUGCCACCCCCUCCCUCGCCGCCGAUGCUUCUCCAGAACGCCGCAGAAGCCCACAUCUUCACUUUCUCAUGACCCUUUCGCUUCUUCUCUCCCGGAUCAAAAUGUCCUAUGGGACAAGUACACCUGCAAGAGCUUCAGCUGCCUCAACCGCCACCAUCCCACCUCCGGUUUCGAUUUGAACGGCGAGCUGACCAAUUUUAUGACCUACAAGUCCGAGCUGGACCUCCCCAUCCCGCAGCUCUUCCAAAUCGCCAAGGCCGCCGGGGCUGUCCUCCGCCUCGGCCUCGACAUCGGCGGCGGCACCGGGACAUUCGCCGCCAGGAUGAAGCUGUACAAUGUGACGGUUGUUACCACAACGAUGAAUUUUGGCGCGCCGAACAAUGAGGCGGUGGCGCUGAGGGGGCUGGUGCCGCUGCACGUGCCGCUGCAGCAGCGGUUUCCGGUGUUCGAUGGGGUGAUGGAUCUGGUGCGGUGCGGGCACGCGGUGAACAGGUGGAUUCCGGUGACGGCGUUGGAGUUUUUGUUGUAUGAUGCGGAUAGGGUGUUGAGGGGAGGAGGGUACUUGUGGUUGGAUCAUUUCUUCAGCAAGGGGGUGGAUCUCGAGAAGGUUUUCGGGCCGUUGAUUGGGAAGUUGGGGUACCGGAGAGUGAAGUGGGCGACGGCGAGUAAGAAUGAGAAGAAUGGGGAGGUUUACUUGACUGCUCUUCUGCAAAAGCCUGUCUCAAGAUGAGGUUCCAAGCUUCAGGUUUGAUGUCAAAUUUUGCUGUCGAUGAGGACCUCAGCAUGCAGAAUCACCUUUCCCUAGGAGUGCAUCAUUAACCAAUGAAGCAGAAUAUAUUAACAUCAUCUGAGGUGGGUUAAACAUUUAGCUACUUAUGAACAACUGUGGAAUGUUACAAAAAGAACAUUUUAUAGGAUCAUGAGCAGGGUGUAAAUUCAGAUGAAGCCCCAGAAGAAAUGUAAAAUGGCCUUUUGUUGGCCUCUUGACUGCUUGUAAGAUUUAUUCCGAUUAGUUCUUUAGAUACACAUCUGCAGAAAGGGAAAUUUAUAACC